CUCUUAAACACAGGAAGUCGUGGUCUUGUAACAACAGCGGCAGAGAUUUCUACCCACAACAAUAAAGGGGAAAGAAAUUCGGUGAUUUUUAAAAAGCGUUUCAGGAACGAGCGGACGUUAAAAAGCUCCGGUUAAACAGAAGCGCGACUGGCCGCCAUGCUGUCGGACGCAGAUUAUUCCGGGAAUGCCUCUGGUGCCCGGAGAGCCAAGAAAAGGAGCUCCGGGGAGUCACCGGGGGAGGGCCAGACCCUGCGCACCUCUGGGAGGCAGAUAAACGUCCGGGUGAAGCGCACCAACAACCCUCCACCUGGACAGAGUAAAAGAAAAGCCACAGACACGGAGGAGGAAGACGACCAGUCUGAGAAGAAGUACAGAAAAUGUGAGAAGGCGGGAUGCUCUGCCGUGUACCCAGUUUGUUUUGCAAGCGCAUCAGAAAGGUGUGCAAAAAAUGGAUACACGUCUCGCUGGUAUCAUCUGUCGUGUGGCGAACAUUUUUGCAACGAGUGUUUUGAUCACUACUACAGAAGUCACAAAGAUGGCUAUGAGACCUUUGCGUCAUGGAAGAAGGUGUGGACUAGUAACGGGAAAAGCGAGCCCAGUCUUAAAGCCUUCAUGGCCGAUCAGCAGCUGCCGUUCUGGGUUCAGUGCACCAAACCAGACUGCAGGAAAUGGCGUCAGCUGACGAAAGAGAUCCAACUCACCGCUUCUCUGGCGGCAACGUACCGCUGUGGAAUGAAGUUCAAUAACAUAAAGAGUGAAGGACCGGACCAGUGCUCCCAACCAGAGGAUCUGAGAGUGGCUGAAGUUACUGACAGCUGGUGGCAUUCAAUGCUGAUUUUGCCGCCGCUGUUUAAAGAAAGUCCGGCUAGCCCAUUCCUUUCAGCCUACUACCCCGACUGUGUGGGGAUGAGUCCGUCAGGCUCUCCCAGCAAUGUGUCCCAGACCGAGCCAAGAGCCGAUCACUGCAGAACUGUGCAGCCGCAGAGUAAGUUUGUUUUAGGUCUCUGUCCAUACUUUCAGCCUUUCUACCAGCCCAACGAAUGUGGCAAGGCUCUGUGUGUGCGGCCAGACAUGAUGGAGCUGGAUGAGCUUUAUGAGUUUCCAGAGUUUUCCCGUGACCCCACCAUGUAUCUGGCUCUGCGCAACCUCAUCCUGGCCUCCUGGCACAAAAACUGCAAGGAGGUGCUGACUGCUCAGAAAUGUGCUCAGCACAUCAUUGUUCGUGGGCUGGUGCGUGUGCGCUGCGUGCAGGAGUUGGACCGGGUCCUUCACUUCAUGACCAGGAAGGGCCUCAUUAACACUGGUGUACUGGCAGUGAAGCGACCUCUGCUUCCUGAGAGAUCCUGCUCUAAGAAUGUCAUCAUCAUUGGUGCUGGGGCAUCAGGACUGGCUGCUGCACGGCAGCUGCAAAACUUUGGCACUCAGGUGGUGGUGCUUGAGGCAAGGGACAGAAUCGGCGGUCGAGUGUGGGACGACUCAUCUCUGGGCGUCACCGUGGGGCGAGGUGCUCAGAUUGUGAACGGCUGUGUUAACAACCCCAUCGCCCUGAUGUGCGAACAGAUAGGCAUCAAGAUGCACAAACUGCGAGAGCGGUGUGACCUGUUUCAGGAAGGCGGUCGGGCCACCGACCCGGCCAUUGACAAACGCAUGGACUUCCACUUCAACGCCAUCCUGGAUGUGGUGUCGGACUGGAGGAAAGACAAGUCACAGAACCAGGACACACCAUUAGGAGAAAAAGUUCAGGAAGUAAAGAAGAACUUUCUCCAGGAGUCUGGGAUGCAGUUCAGCGAGUUGGAAGAGAAAGUGCUUCAGUUUCAUCUGAGUAAUCUGGAAUUUGCCUGUGGAAGCACAUUAGACCAGGUAUCCGCAAGAUCCUGGGACCACAACGAAUUCUUUGCCCAGUUCUCAGGAGACCACACGCUACUCACAAAGGGCUAUGCUGUUUUACUCCACAAGCUGGCCGAGGGCCUCGACAUCCGACCAACGUGUCCGGUUCAAGCCAUUGACUACUCAGGUGACCUUGUAAAAGUUAUGUCAUCUAAUGGUUCCCAGUGGACGGCUCAGAAGGUCCUCGUCACAGUCCCUUUAACUUUGCUUCAGAAGAACGUCAUUCGUUUCAGCCCCCCGCUUCCUGAAAGGAAACUGAAAGCAAUCCACAGUCUGGGAGCUGGCAUUAUUGAAAAGAUUGCUCUUCAGUUCCCGUACAGAUUCUGGGACAACAAAAUCCAAGGGGCGGAUUACUUUGGUCACGUCCCGCCAACUCCUGAAAAGAGAGGCAUGUUCAGCGUUUUCUAUGACCUCGAUCCACAGGGGAAGCAGGCUGUGCUAAUGUCUGUCAUCUCCGGUGAUGCUGUUCCUGCUGUUCGUGACCUGGAGGACAAGGAUGUGGUGGACGAGUGCAUGAAGGUUCUCCGUGAACUUUUCAAAGAGCAGGAGGUCCCAGAGCCUUUAAAUUACUUUGUCACACAUUGGAGCAAAGACAUGUGGUCGCAGAUGUCCUACAGCUUUGUGAAGACGGGGGGCAGUGGAGAAGCCUACGACAUCCUGGCUGAGGAUGUGCAGGGAAAAGUUUUCUUCGCCGGCGAGGCCACCAACCGACACUUCCCUCAGACUGUGACAGGAGCCUACCUCAGCGGGGUCAGAGAGGCCAGCAAGAUGGCUGCUAUGUAAGCUCAGUUCCAGAGCAUCUAAAAACACCAGCACGGACCCACGAGCCGCACCGACCGACACACUGAUCAUCGACUGCCUGAGUUGCUCCAUAAGAAGCUUUUGCUGUAGCUGGUUAGCAUGACACCACUGGUUGUUUUCCAGUUGCAGGGUCAAGUAGGGCUCUCCAGCACCUGGUUCUGCAUAUUUAACAGGAGAUGGUGAAGUUCUUUCUUUUCAUAUCAAAGUCCAUCCGGUGAAGUGCUGUUUAUUAGUGACAAGAUGCAAAAAAUCUUCCCAGCAAGCGCAGCUCUGUUUCUGUCCGCUGUGCUGGAAAGCAGGAUGCCGUUUUCAGUUCAAUCACGUUUGUAAUUCACACAUCUGUAAUGGAAUUUAUUUUAAGAAUUGAGGCUGCAUGAAAUCUUGGUAAACUCUUUAUCAUUUAAUCAUGGUAUAACAGAAAAUACUGAAUCUCCAGGAUGAAGUUCAGUGAGAUUAUGUGAUCACAUCUUUGAGAGUUGCCUGCCAAAGUUUUCUGCAUCCGUAAUGAUGAUGUCCUUUGUCUGAAUAAUGGGUUGCCAUAGUUGAUGCGUAGAAUGAGUGAAAGGGUAGCUUUUUAGAUUUCUUCAAUAGCACUUUUGAUUUAGCAUAGUAAGAAAUGAAAACAAGUAUGCGAAUUACACUAGCAUAGUAAGAAAUGAAAACAAUUAUGUGAAGUACAUUGUUUGAUCAGAAUACAUCAGACUGUCCCCUUACUUUCUCAGGGAUGUUAUCAGAAAAAAGGAAAAAAAAAACACACAGAAAUAAAAAAGAAAAUGGAGGAAGAUGACAGCAGUGGAGGGGAAACCAUCUAUAUUUCUCCAAUGAACUAUGAACUUCCUACGGUUUGGAGUGGGGAUGAAUCGCACAACCUUGUCAUCACUUUCUAUGAUUAAUAUUGACUAAUGAAACUGUGUGGAUUCAUAUCUUUGUCUGAUUUAGUGUAUUUACAUGUUCAUGUCCUGUUUGUCUGAUAUUUCAGUGCUAGAGUAUUUAUCUUGUACUUGUCUAAUAAACUGAGCUAUUAGCUGCCACAAAGAUCAGUUUUACUUCUGAAUAAAUAUUUCACUACUUC